UUAGGCGGUCUCAGGCGUAGAAAUGCUGGCAGCCGCGUAAGCGGAAGCAGCGGCGGCGCCGUGAACUCAAUGUCGAUGCUUCGUUACUAUGCGGAUGAUUCCCCGGGGCUAAAGAUUACCCCGGUCGUUGUACUGCUCAUGAGCGUUUGUUUCAUUGCCUUUGUCACUGUGCUUCAUGCUGUUGCAAAAAUCUAUCAGUUUCGGAGCUCUUGA